AGCUGGUCGAGCUCGCCAAGCAGACGCUCGAGAGAGCCGGGCAGGCCGGGGCUGCGGGACGGGCAGACAGGGUGCGAUCGGAUGCACUUGGCGCGAGCGCCCCGGGCCGGACGGGCGGCGGCGCCCCGUCAGCUGCGCCGGGCGGUCGCCGGGAGGCGGAGCCGUCACGAGAAGAAGGCAAGCAGGAGGCUUCGGAGGAUGUGAAUGUGAGCCCGACCCCGGUGGAGGACAAGGGCACGGGCCUUCCCGGCGCUUAUCUGAGUCAACUCUACCCCGCAUGGGAGCCCCCCAAGACUACCUCGGCCGCACCACUGGCCGCACCGGAGCUGGCACCGCCACCGCCACCGCCACCGCCGCCGGCACCGGCGCCGGCACCGGCGGCUCCGUCCUCAUACUCAAGGGGCUGGAAGAGCAGCGCCGUGGCCAGUCUCUUUGACGAUGAUUGACGAGAUGCGGCCGCGUCAGCUUCUGACGUCAGCAUGUGCGUUGCGCGUUUUCUCCAUGAACUUCUCGCACAAGCGCGUGGCGUGCCUCCCAUGAUUCUCUCGACCGCAUGUUGUGACUUGUGUCGCUUCACGCGUUGUGCCGGUGUCGAUGUCUCCACCUAUAUACGUGACUACCGAGCUCGCUCGCUGAGUCAGCUGUGGCUUCUGUCGUGUUUCGCUGAGAGUCUGUCGCUCUUGCCUCGCUUGUGCCGCGUCGUCACAUU